GGUGACGACUCUGGGUGAGACGUGCUGUGCUUUUCCAGCACCACUCUCUGGACUCUAAUCUCCAGCAUCUGCAGUCCUCACUUUCUCCUCUGGGUGAGAUCUUGCGUGUCCAGGGGCCGGAAGCGGAGGUCCCUUUAGCCCUGGGGGUGCUCUGGGUGAGUGCAGGAGGUGGUCUGUCCUCAGUCCAGAACCAGCUCCUUCCUGGACUCUAGCGUCCUGUCCUGCAGCAUUCAGUUGAGGAGGAGACAGACAGAGAGAGAUGCAACAAACACAACUCCGAUUUCACCUCCUAGAGUUACUGAUGAAAAGGAAAAAAAGGGCAGUAUGGCUUUCAAGCAUCCUGCUUCUCCUCUCACUUGUCAUUACUGCCGUUGGGAUUUUCACUGAAACAAGGACAGAGAAUAUCAGCAUCAUCGGCUAUGCAUCUGGAAUAAUUCUUGCUUUUGGAUCAUUUCUGGGACUGCUGGGACUCUUCCUGGAUGAAAAUCGGAAGCAGCUGCUGAUUGCAGCCAUCACCUUCCUCAGUUUUGGAAUUAUUGGAGCUUUCAUCUGUGUCAUUGUGGAUGGUGUCUUCACAGCUGUCAGCAUUGAUUUAAGACCAUUGCGUGCAGGGAGAUGCCAGUAUUACACCAGUGGACAGAACUUUAUUUAUGACAAUUACCUGGCAACUGUGCCUUGCCAGACUUUCACAGAGUCGUGCAACCUGAAAGUGCGAAGUAACACUUGUUAUUGCUGCGAAUUGUACAAUUGUGCAAAUGGUGAUUAUUUGAAGAAUUACUUUGAGUUUGUUGGAGUGAAGAGUUGCCAGGAGAUUCAAUCUUUAUACAUCAUGAUUUGGCUGGUAACCACACUCAACAUAUCUGCUUUCAUUUUGGGAAUUGCCACCUCCGCUAUUCUCGGGAACUUUAAAAACACGGAGUCUCUCAUUGCACCUGAUGUUAGUGUCCAGCUCUUCAACUUUCACAAUUCCAGGUGUAAUGCUAAAGAGGAGACACAGAGCCAGCCCAGCACAUCUCCCUCAGCACCUCUCCUUCUUCAAGAACAAGGUGUCGACAUAGCACAGCAGAGACCCUCUGUUUGUUACAUGUCAAUGCCAGCAGCUACAUCUUUACCUUGCUAUAAUCAUAGCCACACGAAGAUGGAUAACAACCCUCCACCAUUUGCUCCACUGUAUAACUUUCUGCCAGAAAAACCUCUGGGAUAUCCGAUAUGAUCAGUGAUUACCGGCUUCUGUUGUAAAGUGAACAGCUCCAGCAGUAAAAGUCGAGCCUUCAGAUCUGAGGCUUAAAAAGAUUAGACCAAAGAAAUGAUUUUGAGGGAUAUGAAACUGGUGAUAAUGAGUUAGCAGCAAGUUCUAAAUCCUUCCAGAUUUCUAUUACCUUUGUCUUCAAUUUUUAUUGAUUUCAAUGUUUAAUAGCUACUGACUUGGAAUUGCCUGUUUGAACAAAACCAUCUUCUCCUGCUUCACCCAGCAACAUAAUUCCACAAAAUCUCUUUGAAUGAAUUAAAAGAUUAAAAUUUACCCUAUAGAUUUAUUUAGUCAUUGUGUCAUCAGUAUGUCGUACAUAUGAUGUAGAUAAUAUUAAGUAUUGGCUCUCUGUUAAACCAUUGUAAAUAUUUAUAUCAUGCAAACGGUAUUUUCAAACUAUUAGCUGUUUAAUAGAAUCCAUUUAUAAAGAAAGUACCUAUAAUACUGCAGAAUGGGACAACAUUCCUACUCCUAUACGCAGUUAUCAUCUGUAGCUAAUCCGAUUCAAUCCAUUAGGAACGGUGCAAAAGAAUCAUAUAGAUAAACAGGACUCCAGUUUCUGAAGCACCAUCACGCUCAUUGCACUGGCUUGAAUGGACUGUGUGCUUCAGGGUUAAACUUGCAUGUUCUCUUGUCCUCCUGAAUCCUGCUUAAACCUGAGCCUAUAAAACAUGAUUGCUUAUAUCUGAAAUCACACUAAGUCCUGUUCACCCACUCCCCGCUGCCUCUAUUCAUGUGUAUUGGCUCCAACGCCACUUCCCUAUCGCCAUAAUCUCCUUCAGCCCUAUAGCCCUCUAACUCACAGUGUUCCUCAACUCUAUCUUUUUGUGCAUCUCCUAAUUACUUCCCCUCAAAUUGCUGGCCAUACUGUUGAGACUGCACUCUGAAGAGUCUUGCUCCAAUGCUCCCUUUCCUUUGCAAUAAUAUCCAAUCAGAAUUACAGAUUGGUGACCGCAAACAAGGAGACAACUAGAUCAGCUGUGAUGGACCUUGGCUUUCUCAGUCAGCAAUACAUCGAGUGGCAUUAUCUCACCUUCUCCUUAUUCAGUUGUGGAGGCAGGUUCAUUCAAGGCUUUAAAAAGAGAAUUGGAUUAUUAUUGAAGGAAGAAGAAUGUGCAACUGAAUAGGGAGAAGGUGCUGUUCGACAAUGCAUUCCAGACCCUCAGCAGUCCCUGCAUGAAAGUUUUUCCUCAUGUUGUCAUUCCAUUUUUUGUCAAUGACCUUCAAUCUGUUCCCUUUGGUUCCUGAGCAUUUCACUGCUGCAAACAGUUUCUCCAUGUCCCCUCUGUUCAGACCCUUCACAAUCUUGAACCCCUCCUCGAACCUUCCUCUCAAUUCCCCUUUCAAGAGCAAACUCUUCUGAAUUUCCCGAUUUAUCUCUGCAAUUGAACCUCUUCAGCCCUGGAAUAAUUCUUUUGAAUAUUUUAUGCAUUGUCUGUUAUGCAUAAUUCCGAAAGUGUGAACCAGACACAAUAUCCAAUUAAGGUUGGAUGCUGAUUUAUAUAAAUUUCCUAUCUCCUACUUGCUCUUUUUCUCUGAGUCAUACGGCACAGAAACAGACUAUGUGUCCAGCCAGUCCAUGCCGAACAUAGUCCCAAACUAAACUAAUCCCUCCUGGCUAUUCCUGGUCCAUAUCCCUCCAAACCUUUCCUAUUCACAUACCUAUCCAAAUGUCUUUUAAGUGUUGCAAUUGGGCCCACAUCUACACUUUCUCAGGAAGUUCAUUCCAAACAUGAACCACCCUCUGUAAAACAUUUGCCCUAUGUCUUUUUUAAAAUCUCUCUCCUCUCACUUUAAAUGUGCCCCCCCCCCCAGUCUUGAACUCUUCCAUCCAUGGAAAAGACACCCACCAGUAACUCUAUCUAUAUCCCUCAUUAUUUUAUAAACUCCUAUAAGGUCACCUCUCAAUCUCUUACACUCCAGUGAAAAAUGUCCCAGCCUUUCCUUAUAACUCAAGCCUUCAUAUGCGCCAACAUCCUGGUAAAUCACUUCUGAAUCCUCUCCAGCUUAAUAAUAUUCUUCCUAGAACUAGGCAACCAGAACUAGACACUGUAUUCCAGAAGACACCUCACCAAUGUCGUGUACAACCUGAACAUGAUGUCUCCAACUCCUACACUCCAAAGGACUGAGUGAUGAAGACAAGCGUAUCAAAUGCCUUUUUAACACUCUAUCUACAUGUGACACAAACUUGAAAGAAUUAUGUUCCUGUAUCCCUCAGUCCCUCUGUUCUACAACACUACCCAAGACCCUACCAUUAACUGUAUAAGCUCUUCUUUUGUCUGUUUUAUCAAAUGCAAUACCUCGCUUUUAUCCAGAUUGAACUCCAUCUGCCAUUUUUCAGCCCAUUGACCCAUUUGGUCAGGAUCCCUUUGCUAUCUUAGAAAACCUUCUUCACUGUCUACUACAUCACGUGUUUUGGUAUCAUCCACCAACUUACUAACCAUGCCUCCCGUACCGUGGGGGAUAUGCUCCAAGACCGACUGCAGAACCCAAAAACCACAGAUAGGAACGACCCCAUUCAUUUAAAUGGGAAAUUUACCUUCCCAGCAGCCUCCUGGUCCUUGGUUCUGGAAGGUUCCCUAUAAUAUGUUUGGGCUGCAGCAAACCGCAGCUAACUGAAACCUCAGAAAACAACUCCAUGGAAACAGGGGCUGCCCUAUAUUCUCAUCCAAAUCAUUUAUAUAAAUGACAGAGAGUGGGCCCUGCACCAAUCCCUGUGGAACACUGCUGGUCACAUGCCUCCAGUCUGGGAAAUGACCCAACACCGCCCCGUUUCCUGCUGUGACCUGACGAUCUGAUCUCUCAGGAUGUGAAAAUAAAUACUUUGCACCUCACGUCGAAUCCUAGCUCUUUAUCUUAAAACAAUCUGACAUCAACUUCAUGUGAGACUAACAGGAAGUGGAGAGUGCAGCACCUUCUGUGGAUCAAGUGACUCAUGUUCCGAAAGUAAUUACUUCAACAUCUGUUUUGUGUUACCAAGUGUAAGCCCUCACUCUACACCUACAUCUCAGCGGAGAAAGUGAGGAUUGCAGAUACUGGAGAUCAGAGCUGAAAAAUGUGUUGCUGGAAAAGUGCAGCAGGUCAGGCAGCAUCCAAGGAGCACGAUUCCUGAAGAAGGGCUCAUGCCCGAAACGUCGAUUCUCCUGCUCCUUGGAUGCUGCCUGACCUGCUGUGCUUUUCCAGCAACACUUUUUCAGAUCUACAUCUCAGCAAACUAUUCAGAAAAUAAUGCUGAAUUUGCUACUUUAAUACAUAUACAUCUUGAAAGUGUAUGAAAGAGAUCUAG